ACUAUCAAUUCAGAUUCACAUUUGGCACGGGACAGAACAUCAACUAUCGGAGGUCUCAAGAGAAGCGACCCAGAGGCACCCAAAUCGACCCACACAUCACGACCAAAAGCGACCAAGAAUCAUCUGUGUUUCAAAACCGACCACACUGAGAUUAUGGCGAGGACAAAGCAAACUAAGAGGGUAUCGUCUGAAGAGUUGGCCGAUCGUCGUGCCUAUCUCCACGCUUCUCAUAGGCGAGGUGAUCAUGAUACAGAUGUGUCGACUUCUCAGAAGGGGGCUAGGAAGGGGGCUCCGAAGGCGACCACUGAGGUUCCUGCCCCUGCCACUGAGGUUCCUGCCCCUGCUACUGAGGUUCCUGCUACUCAGGUUCCUGCUACUCAGGUUCCUGCUACUGAGGUUCCUGCUCUCUCGACGCCUGAGGUUACUGCUACUGAGGUUUCUCCUCAGUCGACGCCUGAGGUUACUGCCAACGAUACUGUUGAGCCUUCCACCUCUUCACUUGAUAUUGAUGCAGUUGAGGAGCCGGAGUCGGAGUCGGGGUCUGAGUCUGAGAUUGAGGGUGAGGAUGUAGAGGUAGAGGAUCCGAAUAUGCCGCCGCUCCAGAGAGAUCCACCGUUUCCUGGUGGGCCGGUUGAGUUGUCACUUCUGCAGCAUUACCCGGAUCACAUAGCGCCGUGGACGUGGCAUACCCUACUAGGCACCACUGACCCCCGUUAUUCUAAGCGAGGUGAUUUGAGGCUUGCCACUGCUGGUACGAAGCUCGGGCUGAUGACGUGUGAGGGGGACAAUUACAGGGAGGUCCGCUUGAUUGUGGAGAGGAGCGGACUGUAUCCACUGGUCAGGUGCAGCUAUGUAGAGACGGAUCCAGGGCUUAUAUCGGCCCUUGUGGAGAGGUGGCACGAGGAGACUAGUAGUUUCCACAUGCCAUUUGGGGAGAUGACUGUCACCCUUGACGACGUCUCCGCUCUUCUUCACAUCCCGGUUGGUGGGAGAUUCUACACUCCAGGAGUGGCCUCGAGAUAUGAUGUGGCAGAGACCUGCGCUUUGCUGUUAGGGGGGAUGCAGAUUUGUACAUGGCUGAGUUUGAUGUGAAGAGGGGUCCGACUAUGAGGUUCAGCUUCUUGCGAGACCUUUACCCGACAACUGUUGCAGGUUUGUUUCAUUCAUUAUCUGAACUUUUUCCAACUAUUAUUUAUAUUUACUUAAUCAUAAUUCGUAUUACAUUGUAAUGUAGAGGGGCGGUACGAGCAUGCAGCCAGGAUGUACCUGAUGCAUCUUGUUGGCGCGACAUUGUUCGCCGACAAGAGUGGGGGGCACUCAUUCUCCGCCCGUUGGAUCGGCAUGCUACAGGAUCUUGAGCGGGUGUCGGAGUUCGCGUGGGGCGCCAUGGCCCUUGCCACGUUGUACAACCAGCUUGGACAGUCUUCUCGCAGCGGGGUCAAACAGAUGGGCGGUUACACUUCCCUGUUGAUGGCCUGGGUCUUUGAGCACUUUCCAGACAGGCUCGUUCGCCGGUAUGCGAACCCGGCUUACACAGAGGACCAGCCCAGAGCUCGUAGGUGGACAGAGUCACGGUCGGGGCAUGCUAGGCUUGACGAGAGGCGAGUACUACUUGAUGAGUUGACGGCCGACGACGUCACUUGGACUCUAUAUGAGGUCCACAGGGAAUGGCGACAGCGGGAUGAGAGGGCUUUGUUUUCAGGCUACAUUCGGUGUCCCUAUCCCCCUGCUGUGCGACCUCAUCUUCCGGAGCGGGUCAUGCGACAGUUUGGGUUAUACAGACGAUCCCGCGCCACCCUAGUGAGAUGGAUAGAUCUCCCGCAGCUGAGGCUGUUGAUGCGGCAUUCGCAGAUUAUGUGCAGUACUUGUUCCCUGAGGGCGACCCUGCUAUAGAGGAGGGACAGGCUGUGGGCGGUUACAUGGAUUGGUACGCUAGAGUGUCUCAUUGUUUCAUCAUACCGGAUGAGAGGAGGAUUGAUCUCAGUGCCGUGGCUGCUUUGCGUAGGGCUUUAGAAGUCCUUGAGUUGUCACUUGAGGUGGAUGAUGCUUUGCUGCCAGGCACACAGGCCCGCGCUUUAACGGAGAGAGCACUUCGCAUCCUCCAGGACUUGGCUGGGACACAGGGCAUUGCUUACGCUGCUGGGAGAGGAGGUCUGGGAGCAGGUGGCCGAGCAGGUGGCCGAGCAGGUGGCCGAGCCGGUGGCCGAGAGGGCGGCAGGGCAGCAGGUGGCC